AUGUCAAAAGGAAAAGUUUGUCUCGCGUACUCCGGUGGUUUGGACACCUCCGUGAUUCUCGCCUGGUUGCUUGAACAAGGCUACGAAGUUGUGGCCUUUUUGGCCAACAUUGGCCAGGAGGAGGACUUCGAAGCUGCCGAGAAGAAAGCCUUGGCCCUUGGUGCUUCUAAAUUCGUCGUGGUGGAUGUCAGAAAGCAGUUUGUUGAGCAAGUGUGUUUCCCUGCCAUCCAGGCCAACGCCGUCUAUGAGAAUGUCUACCUUUUGGGUACUUCGUUGGCCAGACCAGUGAUUGCCCAGGCUCAGAUCCAGGUUGCCGAACAAGAAGGAUGCUUUGCUGUUUCCCAUGGUUGCACAGGUAAAGGUAAUGACCAGGUGCGUUUUGAGUUGUCCUUCUACGCUUUGAAGCCUGAUGUCGUUGUCAUUGCCCCAUGGAGAGACCCUGAGUUCUUCAACAGAUUUGCUGGCAGAAAUGACUUGUUGGAGUACGCUGCCUCGAAGAACAUUCCUGUGGCUCAGACUAAGGCCAAACCAUGGUCUACAGACGAGAACUUGGCUCAUAUCUCUUUCGAAGCUGGUAUUUUGGAAGACCCAAACACUACUCCUCCAAAGGACAUGUGGAAGUUGACUGUCGACCCCACUGACGCUCCAGACACCCCAGAGGACUUCGAUGUUGUGUUUGAAAAGGGUUUACCAGUCAAGUUGGUGUUGGAUGGCGGUAAGAAGGUUGUUACCGACCCAGUGGAAUUAUUCCUUGAGGCUAACGCCUUGGCCAGAAGGAACGGUGUGGGGAGAAUUGACAUUGUCGAGAAUCGUUUCAUUGGUAUCAAGUCCAGAGGCUGCUACGAGACCCCAGGCUUGACCAUCUUGAGAUCCACCCACAUUGAUUUGGAGGGUUUGACCUUGGACAGAGAGGUGAGAGCAUUGAGAGACCAGUUUGUCACCAUUUCUUACGCCAAGUUGUUGUACAACGGAAUGUACUUUACCCCAGAGUGUGAGUACGUGAGAGCCAUGAUCCCACCUUCCCAGAAGACCGUCAACGGUACUGUCAGAGCCAGAGCUUACAAGGGCUCCUUGACGAUUUUGGGCAGAUACUCUGACACCGAGAAAUUGUACGAUGAAACCGAGUCUUCCAUGGACGAAUUGACUGGCUUCUCUCCUGAGGACACUUCUGGUUUCAUUGCUGUCCAGUCCAUCAGAAUCAAGAAGUAUGGUGAGGCUGCUCGUGAAAAGGGCCAAAAGUUGGAAUUGUAA